CGAGCACCAAACUCAGUUCAUUCCGCUCCAGGCCUUUGGUGACCUCGUUGAUGCCGAUGGCCAGCUGUUUCCUCACAGCCGGGUUGCUCCAGCACGGCUCGGUGGGCUUUGAGGGAGUCUGUACGCUCUCUGCAGGUUCAAGAGUCUCUUGGACUCCAGUGUACGCUGUAUGGGCUAUUCAGUGAAGUUUUCACUGGCUGAAUUUGAGCAAUAUGCAGAGAACGUAAAGAAAGUGAAGAGCAGACCUACAGACCAAGAGCUGCUGGAUUUGUAUGGCCUCUACAAGCAAGCCAUCAUUGGGGAUAUUAAUAUUAACAAACCUGGAAUAACGGAUUUGAAAGGGAAGGCCAAAUGGGAGGCUUGGAAUUCAAGGAAAGGGAUGUCAAAUGAAGACGCCAUGAAUGCCUACAUUUCCCUGGCCAAGGAAGCCAUUGAAAAGUAUGGAAUGUGAUUGGGGAAAAAAUUGACUUAGUUUUAAGGAGAUAUUAAAGUUUCACUAUGAAAAAGCUGUCGGAUUAAAACAUUUAUCUUGUUUUUUUUUUUACCUUUUUUUUUCCUUAUGUGAUAUAGACUAACAGAUUUAAAGAUAAGUCACUUGAUUUCAUAGAGAUACCACUCAACUCUAUCUCAUUAUAAGUCAGGUGAGACCUAAAGAUGUAAGAAUAUAAUAUUGUAAUGAAAUAAAGCUGUCAAAUAUGGUAAA